GCCAUCACUAGAAGCGAGCAAGCAAGUAAACAGUAUCGAAGACUUCGCUGAAUGUUACGUGAUAAACAUAUGUGUUAACAUUGAAAAAUUAAACUCUGAUAAUGGGAGUCGUUUAUUCAACAUUGACACGACCUAUCCGUACAUUCAAUAUUGCAAAUCGAGCGGAAAGAAUUAUUUCCCGAGAGAAGCCAGUUCGUGCUCCGCAAUAUGAAUUUACGGAAAAACAAAAGAAACUGACGGAUGAAGUAAACCCAGAUUUCUUAGAAAAGCAUUAUCAAAAGAAUAUGCAGUUAGACAAUCGACUGAAGGAUGUUUUUGUAACAUCGACAGAUUCUCAGAUAAAUUUAGAAACAACAACAGCGGAAAAGUCUUUACCUCAGAGUAGACGUAAUAGAGAUGAAUUUAAUAUGGAUUAUCAUGAAUCUACAGUAAUCCCUGAGGGAAAAUGUACGUUGAAACAGGCUCUCACAUUUAUUUCUCAGCAUAGAGAAGAUCCUAUAAAAUAUAAUAGUGAAAACAUAGCUGUUCAAUAUAAAAUAGAUAAAGGAAAAAUAGAUGAAAUAUUGAAGCAUUUCAAGAGUUAUGUAAGCUUUGUACCAGACGCACCUUUAGAAAAACCUGAACAAGAUCUGAUUCAAAAGACUAUAGACGAUAUGGUUAUAAAACGUCAGGAAAUGGAAAAAUUAGAAGAGGAAAAUGAAAGACGUGAAAAAUAUCAAAAGAAAUAAUAUAUGUGUA